AACUGACAGUUUUAAGGUUGACACUUCUCGAGCCAAUAGGGAAAUUAAAAUUAAAACUACAACAGCCAUUGGAUUAGGUAAUAUUUAGAAACCUGUUAAUACAAAUUUUUUAAAAGAUUUUUUAAAAUGAGGGCUCUCGUUUUCUAGCAGUGGGGUUGUAAAUUGGUAUACUCACUUUUAUGAGCAAUAUAGUAUUAUCCAGUAAAUUUGAAGAUGUGAAAAUUGUUCAGCCUAGCAAUUUUACUUCUAGCCGUACAGUUGUGCACAAUGAUAUAUUUGCAAACAUUCACUGCAAAAUUGUUUAUAAUAGAUUGUUUAUGACAGAAAAAUAAGACAUGAUGUCCAUCAACAAAAGAAUAAAUAAAUUAAAUGUUAGUCAUCCACGCAUUGAAAUGCCAUAUAGCAGUUAAAAACGAAUUAAAACUAGAGCUACAUCUAUCAACAUAAUAAAUCUCUCAGCAUAAAGCUAAGAGAAAAAGCCGAUUGCAGAAGUAAAAGUAUGACACAAUUUUUAUAGCUUUUGAAACAUGCAAAAAGUUGUAUGUUAUUUAUGAAUAUAUACAUGUAAUAGUGUAACUUUAUAUGAUGAUAAACACUAGAGGAUAAGGGGAGAGGUAAGAAUUUAUUACAUCUUUCUGUAUAUUUGUAAUAUUUUAUAUUAAGCAUAUAUUUUAAAGAGGAAAGGCAUGCCUAAGAAGCAUACAAGAAGGUUUUAAUACAUUGGCUAAGAGAAGAUGUAACCUAAGUCGAAAUAAAUUAAUGUGGUAAAGCAAUAACCCAAGAUACAAGGUGUCAAGGAGACAAAUCAAUUCUGGGAAAAUUUAAGAAUUUCCUUCACAUUCUGUUUCUGAGAAGAAAAUGGUAUUUUUCUUAAGUCCUGGUAAACAGGUCAACUGUUGCUAUGUUGAUCACCUUGUGAUAUUCCAGCUGGAGAAAUUUAAUUCCACUGACAUUCUCAUUCUUUGGAACUUUACAGACUUAGAGGGAGUGUUUCCUGGGGAUAUUUCUACUCUAUAGGUGCAAAGAACUUUUAGGAAUGCUUGUGGCCAUAAUUUAUCAGUGACAGUGUGUUUCUUUCCCACUGCCCAAGGCUAAUUUUGUUUUUAUUUAUCGGGCUGUUUACCAUAUUAAAUCUUAAACUGAACCACUUUUGCUUUCAAUGGAAUACACCAUCAUUUUAAAAUAUGAUUAUUUGUUCAACAAAAAUAAUAAGUUAAUAUUUUUCUAUGUACUAUGGCAAUCUGUAUGCAUAUAGGGAGAGAAAGAUUCAUUUCUGGUUAAAAAGGUCCUCCCAUGCAUAAUUAAAAUUAAAUUAAUCAUCUUUGUUCUUUUUAAGCAUAUUAUUUUGCUGAAUCAUUAAAUAUAUUCAAAUGAUAUUGUGUUGGAUUAAGGGGAUUUAAUGCCUAACCUCACUUCUUUGUCGGCCGGGGACCAGACUGCAGCUGAGAGUUUAUUGAGUAGGGGAUCAAGCAUCUCGCUAAGCACCUUCCCAGGAAAGAGGGACUAAAGAAUGGAAACUGAAAAUGAAAAGAUCUGCUUUGUUUUCCUUAAACUGCUGAUGAGCCAGACAGAUGUUUGCCUGUAAGUGAUGUGAACCUAUUUAAUCUACUAAACAAACCACACCAUAUUGAAGGCAAUGCCUCUCUUUUUUCCUUGAAACCUUCUACGUGGCACUCUGUUUACUUUUAAAGAGCCACAUGAGGAAACAAUACUGAUAAUAAUAUUGGUUGCGUCCAUCUACAUUCCUUUCUUUUGGAAGAGAUGAUCCUGGCUUCCCAGUUGGUCUUCCUCACCUGUAUCUGGAUCACACUGACGCCAGAUGUUUUUGCUGCUUCCGAAAUCAAGAAGUCCUACCAGCGGUGCUCCGCUUCAGUGAAGAGAGCCUGGGAGAGCAAACAAGAAACCAGAAUGAGAAACAAUGACAGCACCAAAGCAUGGCUCCUGAAAUACAAACAACUUCUCCAUAUAGAGGACCAUGAUUUUGCAAUGAGACCUGGAUUUGGAGGGUCUCCAGUACCAGUGGGUAUAGAUGUCCAAAUUGAAAGCCUUGACAGCAUUUCGGAGGUUAACAUGGACUUUACAAUGACUUUUUAUCUCAGACAUUACUGGAAAGAUGAGAGGCUCUCCUUUCCUAGCACAACAAACAAAAGCAUGACCUUUGAUCAUAGAUUGAUCAAAAAGAUUUGGGUGCCUGACAUAUUUUUUGUCCAUUCUAAAAGAUCAUUCAUCCAUGAUACAACUGUGGAGAACAUCAUGCUACGUGUAUACCCUGAUGGAAAUGUCCUUUUCAGUCUCAGGAUAACUGUUUCAGCCAUGUGCUUUAUGGAUUUCAGCAGGUUUCCUCUUGACACUCAAAACUGUUCCCUUGAACUGGAAAGCUAUGCCUACACCGAAGAGGAUUUAAUGCUGUACUGGAAACAUGGGAACAAGUCCUUAAAUACUGAUGAACAUAUUUCCCUGUCUCAGUUCUUUGUUGAGGAGUUCAGUGCAUCCAGCGGAUUCGCUUUCUACAGCAGCACAGGAAUCACCACAGUGCUGACCAUGUCCACCAUCAUCUCUGGCAUGAGUGCCUCCAUGCCCCAGGUGUCCUACAUCAAGGCCGUGGACGUGUACCUGUGGGUCAGCUCCCUCUUUGUGUUCCUGUCAGUCAUUGAGUAUGCAGCUGUGAACUACCUCACCACAGUGGAAGAGUGGAAACAAUUCAAGAAGACAGGGAAGAUUUCUGGAAUGUAUAAUAUUGAUACAUUUCAAGCCAUGGCCUUCGACGGUUGUUACCAUGACAGCAAGACUGAAAUGGACCAGACUUCCUUUUCUCUACACUCAGAAGAGGACGCCAUGCGAGGAAGAUCCACAGGUAGCCCCAGCACAGAUACAUCUCAGAUAAAGAGAAGACAAUCCUUAGGAGGGCAUAUUGGUACAAUCAUUCUGGAAAAUAAUCAUGUCAUUGACACCUACUCAAGGAUUUUAUUUCCCACUGUGUAUAUUGCAUUUAAUUUAUUUUACUGGGGUGUAUAUGUGUGAGGAAGAAUUCCCAAUGUAUAAUACUCAUUUUGGAAUCAGAGUAGGUUAACAACAACAACAACAACAACAAACAACUCUUGACUAUGAGUUGGACUGUACUUGAUUCAACUGGGAGUCAGCCAGUCAGUCACCUCUCUUGGCCUAUAGAAGAUUUUAAAGUUGACUGAUUUACAUCUAGGAAAGAGUUUAAGGUCCCUGGAGAAUUUGAUUCCAUACAUAAGAGUCACAGGCAUGCAUAUUACAGAAAAAUUUCUACAGGGAUGGGCUUUGUAACUACUUCGCCUAGACCCUCCUUGCUUUCUAAAUGUGUUUUUUAUUUAAGUAAGCAAUAAAGCUGGACUAUGACAAUCAUUCAAGAAGCAUUGAUUCUUAGUGCUAGCCAUGUGCCAUGCUACCUAACAGAGUUGAAUCCUUGUGAGGAAGAACAUCAACAUCAAGGUGGGAUCAUGGACACUUAUACAGCUGAGAUGUACAUGAAGAGCUUCCCCGUCCAUCUCCAAUCAAGCCUUUUAUCUUAUUUCACUAUUAAAUUUCAUAUAUUAUUGAGUCCAAGGGCAAAACAUCUAAACUUUGCUCUCAUCCUAAUGUUAAAUUAAUAUGUCAGACUUCAGUAAUAGAAUCUUGUAUUUUACAGUUGAGUCAUAGCUUUCAUAGCUUUCGGGAGGCAUUUAGUGAAUUAGUUACUGUAUUUACCAAAUAUUAUUGACCUCCUGUAUAAGCCAGUUACUUUAUCAGGUGUUAUGUAGUCAAAAAUGAAUAUAAAACGGCAUUCCUGCUAUCAGUGAGUGCACAGCCUAUCAGGAACAGUGAACUGGUAGCUUUCAUAAAUAAUAAAUAUAAUAAUUACAAUAGAUGUAAAAUAGAGGCUUGUACACUAUGCUGUCUGAGUUCUGAAAAGGGAUACCAAAACAAGGAAAAGAACAUCCAUGAAGGGAUGUGGAGUCUCAGUUCAUAAAUGACUGAAGAUGCUUCCAGACGUGGUAUUGAGUGAACAAUUGAAUGAAAUUUAUAUAUCCCAUAGUAAUCCCAUAGUAACGUUGGUUGAGCCAAGUAAAUCAGGUCAAGUGGGUAUUAAAAUAAAUGUUUGUUAAGUAGAAAAACCUCUAACGAUUAGCAUUCAUUUUGUAGACUGGUAGUGUGCAUGCUUUUGUGUUAAGUAUUUUGUGAAAAAGAUUCCAUUUAGAGAUCAGCCCUCAGUAAGAAGUAUGAAAUAUUUUCCCUUCCUGUUUUGACUUUUGGCAUUGAAUUAAGGGGAAUAAAUUAAAUGGUGU